AUGUCCGCUCCUGGUAAACUUUACGUGCAAUGCAACCCUCUCCUUGACGUUUCUGCCUGCGUCUCGGAUGAGUUUAUGAAAACGUACAAAUUGGAGCGUGGUACCGCCUCCUUGUUGGCAGAAGAUCAGAAGAACAUCUUCGCCGAUCUUGAAAAGAUGUCCGAUGUGAAGUAUGUACCUGGCGGCUCUGGGCUGAAUACAGCUCGUGUGGCACAGUGGGUCUUGCAGGCCCCAAAAGGUACAUUUGUCACUUAUGUUGGAUGUGCUUCAGAUGAUCGCUAUGGAAAGAUUCUCAGGGAAUCUGCAGAGAAGGACGGUGUGACGAUGGCGCUUGAGUACACAACAAAGGAGCCCACAGGCAGCUGUGCUGUUUGUAUUACAGGGAAAGAACGUACACUUGUGGCUAACCUCGCAGCAGCGAAUUGCCUCUCUGCGGAGCAUGUUUCUUCCACUACAGUACAGAAGCACCUGGCGGAGUCUAAGAUUACUUACUUUACCGGUUUUACUCUCACUCUUGAUGUCAAUUACGUUCUCCGCGCUGCCCAAAAAACGCGUGAGGUGGGUGGUAUCUUUAUGAUCAAUCUCUCCGCCCCCUUCAUCAUUGAGUUCUUUGGAAACCAGCUGGACGAGGUGCUGCCGUACGUGGACGUCAUCUUCGGCAAUGAGCUGGAGGCCCACACACUCUCCAGGGUGAAGGGGUGGGAUCUCCACACCGUCGCCGCCAUCGCCGAGCGGGCUGCGCGGGAACUGCCGUACACCGGCAAACACGGCCGCCUCGUCGUCUUCACACACGGCGCCAACUCCACCGUCUGCGCUGGCAAUACCAAUACGACUGCUGCUGCUGCUAGCGGUAGUGCAGAGGGAGGAUUGGUGGAGGUGCCCGUCGCUCCAAUGGCGAGUGAGUCCAUUGUGGAUCUCAACGGCGCCGGUGACGCUUUUGUUGGCGGCUUUGUUGCGGCCUACGCCCUCGGCCGAGACAUCAAACGCUGCUGCGAGAUUGGACACUACGCAGCGCAGGUGGUGAUUCAACACAGUGGAUGCACCUAUCCCGAGAAGCCAACUAUGUCUCCAUGA